GCAGCAAAAGUUUCACCUGUAAUUCCGGAGCUUGUGUCAAUAACGUUACUGUAACGGCGAUUAAAAUGUUAGCUUACUGUUAGAAACUUUUUAAGAAUCUAUGCGGUCCAUUGGAGCAUAUGCACCUGCUUCAGAAAAGGUUAAUGCAUUUUAUUAUUUGACGGACCAAGAGUAAUACGUGGCAUGGAUGUUCUUCUGGCGGCAAUAGAGAUACUAACGAACCCAUCUGGACACCAAGAGCACUUGAUUAAGGUGGGUGAAGAGAAGCAAGAUCCAAGCCCACCUUCUUGUGGUCAACCCAGUGUGUUUGGCAUUUGUGUGGAGUUAAAAAAAGAUGCUGAUGUUAAGGAUGAGGACACCUCUGGCAUGUGUCCAGCCAACCCGGAUUCACUCCUCCAGGAUUCAAGAACCAUGCUCACAGAUAGGGAAGAGGCUGGAGUCCCAAAACAAGAAACUGGUAAAAGAAAAAGGAGAAAAGGCAAAAAUACAGGAGUCCGCUCUAACAGAUCAAUUCACCAUUGCUUUAAAUGCGGACGAAACUUCAAAACAUCAGUUCACUUUAAAAGACAUAAACUAGUUCAUUCAGGAGAGAGGCCUCAUGGUUGCACUGAAUGUGGCAAGAGGUUCAUCACAUCUUUUGAACUAAAAGUGCAUCUGCGUGUUCAUUCAGGAGAAAAACCCUACCACUGUUCUGAAUGUGGCAAGAGCUUUGCUCAGUCGGGGUCCUUUUCUAAUCACCGCAGACUUCAUAAAGGUGAAAAACGCUAUCACUGCCCUGAGUGUAACAAGGGUUUCCAGCAACUUAUAGAUCUACGAAUUCACCAAAGGAUUCAUACGGGAGAGAAGCCGUACCUGUGCUCACAAUGCUGGAAGGCCUUUACUACAUCCGGUGCAUUACGGGUUCACUUACGAACUCACACUGGUGAAAAACCUUACGAGUGCAAAGAGUGCGGGAAGACGUUCUGCCAGCUGGGCGGACUUAAAGUUCACAGGCGCGUUCAUUCAGGAGAAAGGCCUUACGCGUGCCCCGUGUGCGAGAAGCGCUUCAAGGGACAUGCCAAUUUGAUUGCACACAAGCGCAUUCACACAGGAGAAAAGCCUUAUUCAUGCACUGUGUGCGGAAAACCAUUCACUGACAGCAGGAGAUUAAAAGAGCACCAGCCACCUGAGUCAGAAAAGAAACAGUUUAGUUGCGGCAUCUGUAGUGAAGCUUUCGGUGUGCUCUGUCAACUUAAAGAGCACCAGCAAUGUCACAAAGGAGAGAAGCAUUAUCAUUGUACUGAUUGUGGAAAGGCCUUUACUCAUAUGUAUUUACUGAGGAGUCACCAGCGUGCUCACUCGGAUGAGAAGCCCUAUUCUUGCACUGAAUGUGGAAAGUGCUUCCGCCGCUCAUAUGAGCUGAAAAUGCAUGUGAACACUCACAGUGAAGCACGACCUCAUCCUUGCUCUGAGUGUGGAAAGAGCUUCCGCAGGACUGCGGAGCUUAGGAUACAUCAGAGAGUACAUACGGGAGAAAAGCCUUAUACCUGCUCCAUCUGCGGCACAGGCUUCAAACAGACGUCACAAGUCAAAGUGCACGAGCGCACUCACACGGGAGAAAGGCCGUUCCUCUGCCCGGAGUGUGGGAAGACCUUUAAAGACAAGAGAAGCCUGCUAACACACCAGAGAGUGAACCAUAAAUAAAGAAACUCUUCUAUUAAUAUAAAAAUGAAACAUCCCUUUUUCAUGAUAAUUUUGUAAAAUCCAAAUAAGCUUCACAGAUAUGUAUUGAAAAGGGUUUCAACAAUGUUUUUCAUGCUUCUUUAAUUAACCAUGAACAAUUAUUCUGCAUGCACCUGUGGAACAGUCCUUAAGACUAACAGUUUACAGGCGGUAGACAAUUAAGGUCACUGUGACCAUAACUUAGGACACCGAAGAGACCUUUCUACUGACUCUGAAAAACACCAGGAGAGAGAUGCGCAGGGUCCCUGAUCUCCUGUGUGAACAUGCCAUAGUCCUGCUGCAGGGAGGCAUGAGGACUGCAGAUAUGGACAGAGCAAUAAACUGCAGUGUCUAAUGUAAGACGCCUAAGAAAAUGUCAUUUUUAUGUUCAUACAAAUAUGUACACAUUAGGAAAUUUGCUGGGGCAAAAGCAGUUAAAAUUGAGAUGGUGUUUUUUUUUUUUUUUGCUGAGUUUAUAUUUUUUUGGAAUAUAUUAUUGAGUGUUGAAGUCAUAUCGGCCACAGUGGUGAAGUUUUAACAUGCUAAUUGCUGUAGGCAAUUACUCUGUUGGUUGUAAAUUCAAAUAACUGAUGAACUUAUUCUUGCUUGUGUCUUAAACUAUCCACUCAAGGACGUUUUGGGGGUUAUGUUCUGGAAUAUGAAUAUCAUAUAUAUUAUUCAUUAUUUAAGGGUUAUUCAGCAAGAAAUUGUCUGUCUGACCUUUCUUUGAAGAGAAAUUGCUUAUGGAUUUUCAGGGUUUUCAUACAGGUGGGAUUUGUUUGUAUUAUGAUAGUGAAGUAUUUGCAUUUAAUAUACAUGAAUGAUUUAUAUUUAUUUGAUAUAUAAUACAUUUUCUUAUCGUAUAAUUAAAUCAUACUGAAAAACUAUUUUGAGCACAA